AUGCGGCGAAAGUUUACUAUCACUAUAAACCAACUCACGCGCAAGUCACCUUCCUUCCUCUCACCGUGUGGCGCACACGGUUGGCAUCGACGGCGUGUGUGUGUAUGGAACGUUCACCCCAAGGAAGAGCAACGGGACUCGGGCGUUGCCUUUACCAUCCUGAACGACAUCGUGAGACGCCUGCCCUGUCUGCCGCAGGGCAUCAAGGACCGCCUGAUGAGUCUCCACCUGCCUCUUCGGGGAGACAAAUUCUCCGCCAUCAACAGCGUCUACCCUCCGCCGAUAACCAGCCCCGGCGCCUCAAAGGACAAAUUCUACGAAGAUCUGCAUGCCCUCCUGACGAGCUUGCCGAAGACGGAUAAGUUGAUUGUCCUUGGCGACUUCAACGCCCACGUCAGCGCAGACCAUGCUGCCUUGAGAGGAGUACUGGGUCUCCAUGAUCUCGACGGCCCCAAUGACAAUGGCCUGCUCCUCCUACGAACCUGCGCAGAACACCGGCUCAUCCUGACCAGCUUCCUCUUUCUGCCUUCCCAUGCGAGAAACGAUCACCUGGAUACACCCUCGGUCGCGACAGUGGCACCUGCUGGACUAUGUCCUCGUCCGGAGGCGAGACCGGUAGAACGUGCUGGUGACAAAGGCGAUUCCGGCACCGCCAGGUGA